AUGGAAGGAAUAUAUAAAAUCAAUUUAAUACCAAAUGAUUUGAGCGUGGAAGAAACUAUAUUACAAAUUGCUGACACCUUAGACAAUUUGAACGGAAUCGUUGACGAUGUGUUUACAAGAAUCACAUCAAGGAUCAAGCUAAACGUAGAUAAGACAACAAAACUACAGGAAAGAAUAGAUGUGUCCAGAUUGAAAAUUGAGAAACUUGCUGGCAUGCAAAAAGCGAUUAAAGUGUUUUCGAGUGCGAAAUAUCCAGCUGCAAUUGUACAUGAACAUUACCAAUCUAUUUUCGAUACGAAUGAAUACCAAUAUGAACCUAAGAAAGUAAUUCUGAGUGGAAAGUCUCAGAGGCAGUCAAAUGAUAAAGCUAUACAGGAGAAACUCCAUUUCUUCCAUGUUAAAGUUGUGGACCCAAAAAUAGCGAAAUCUAAGCAAGAUUUCGAUCUUAAAGAAGUUAUCGAUAAAGUGUCAUCUGUUGGUGACCUUUUAAUAUACAACACCGACGAGAGUCCAUAUAUAACAAUUCCAACUAAAGCGCCAGCUUACAUUCCGAAAGUCAACACGAUUGAUGAGAAAAAUCAAUUAGAAGACGCGCCACCGUCCAUAAUGAACAAGAACGUAUUAAAAAGAGAAAUUGACGAAUACAUGUACGCGCCCGGCAUGGGGAUGGUACCGGAGUUGGACAUGCCGCUAGACCUGCCACAUUUACCGGGUAUCGCGGGGGACGUACAAUAUUCGAUAUGCGAUGACGGGUCGAUCGCGCCAUCGGCCGUAACGUCCCCGGUUAUUCCAAUAAAUACGAUUCCGGCAUCGGAAUUACCAGAAUUACCGGAUAUCAAAGAGUUACCGGAUCUCAAAGAGUUGCCGGAGGUCAAAGUGGAUGUAGUUCCGGAUAUACCUGAUGCACCACCGGCGGCACCAGUCCCUCCCCCGCCCCCGGUUAUGCCGUCCACACCACCACCACCCCCGCCACCACCUCCACCAAUGGACUUUGGAACCCCAAAACCUAUUAAACAAGAAGAGCGAAAAAGUGAAGUGCCCGCAGCGUCUGGGUCCGGGGACGCCCACGCGAGCCUCAUGGCGGCCAUCCGCCAGGCGGGCGGCGUGGGACGCGCCAAACUACGGCCCGCCGUUGAAUCCACUCCUGCUAAGGGCGCCAAGCAAAUUGGCGGGGAUUUGAUGGCAGAUCUGCACGCGAAGCUGUCUAUGCGGCGCCGCGGCAUAUCUGGCGCCGAGAGGGGCGGCGGCUCAGUGCUCCACACUCUCGCCAACAUCAUACCCGAGCCCGGCGAGUCUUCACCUCCAAGGUCCUCUAGCGACGAAGAUUGGGAA